AUGUCCUUGACCUUUUUUUUAUGCUUCUCCGCGCCCGUGUUUCAGAUGUACGCCAGCGUGUGUUGUUUCGGAGAUUAUGAUUGGUGGUCUUCAGGUCUGGAGGCUGACGAUUGUUCUCAUCUCAUUUUGGAUACCGAGGCGCUCAAAGUCGAAGUCUUCCCUCGUGCGUAA